AUGGAUAUCAAUCAGAAGAGGGCCGCAAGAAAAACAGGCUUAUGGACACAAAACACUAUCUGCUACAAAAUUGACCAAAAAAAAUUGCCCAAACACAUGAGGAGAAUCAUAAAACAAGCAAUAAAACAUAUUAAAACGGCAUUGGAAAACUGUAUAGAAUUUAUUAACUUGAGAAAUAAUAAAACAUUGGAAGAAAGAAUUAGUAAGGAAAAGUAUCAUGGUGGACCAGUCCCUCAUAUCUUCUUCACAAGAGGAGAAAAGAAAGGAAUGUACCGUGUUUUACCAGUUUUUAUAGAUAUUUUAGAGGAUUGGAGAGGAAAGAAUAGGGAAAGAAAAAGAACUCUUUUGAUUCUAUUAAAAUACAGCGCGAGUUGUAAACAGAAUUUGCAAUUUUAUUGUGAUAACUUGGUCAAUGUUUUGCUAAAAAGCACCUCGCAAACUGAUUCGUUUGAAAUUAAAAAUAAUAGAAUGUGCAAUACAUUAAAAGGAUACAGAAAUGAAGUAGUUUUCCCUUACAUUUUCUUUCCUCCGAGCGGGUGUUGGUCUUACAUUGGAAGAGUUGAGAGUGAAGAUAAAGUUCCUGGUCAACAAAUUCUACAUGCUGACGAGGGUUGCGAAGAUAGUAUAUUACAUGAGAUCGCUCAUGCUGUUGGAUUUUGGCAUGAACAGAGCAGACCAGAUCGCGACAAAUAUGUGACAGUCAUGGAAAGAAACAUCAUGGACGGUCAAAAAAUACAAUUCGAACCAGAGUCUAAAGAAUAUGUUGACAGCAUGGGUUAUGCUUAUGACUUUGAGUCAAUUACACAUUAUGGCAAGUAUUUUUUUUCGAAAAAUGAAAGGAAAACAAUAAAGCCAAAAAGGAAAUAUCGUAAGUUCGCGAAAAAAAUGGGGCAAAGAUCUUAUCUGAGCUUAAUAGACCUUGCCCAGAUGAAAGCGAUGUACAAAUGUAACAAGAUUCCAAGUGUGGAAAGCAAAAAAGUGUGUGUUAGCAAGAAAACUAAAGGUCGUGAUUACAGAGGUAAGUUAGACUACACAGAACAUGGAGUUAUGUGCCAAGCUUGGCACCAUCAAUAUCCACACUCCCAUAAUUAUACUUGCAAAAUGAAAAGAGAAGGGCUUGGAAGACACAACCAUUGUCGCAACCCUUUUGGUCAGAAAGAACGGCCAUGGUGUUUUACGACAUUAACUGGUACUGUAUGGCAGUACUGCGAUUUAAAGCUUUGCGACGAUUAACAAUCCGUAUACCGGAAGAAAAAUGUGAAAACUGUUUAUUUUUACUUGCUAGUAAUAAUUUACGGAAAUAUUAUUUUAUUUUAUUUUAUUUUAUUGUAAGUAGGAUUGUGCAAGAAUGAUAAGAAAAACCAAAAUGAAUUUUUUACUUACGUCCUUGUAAAGCUAACACACUGGUCAAAUAUGCACAACUCUCUCACAAAGAUUCCGCCCUCCUGCUUUCUUGUAACAACUCUUCUUCGCAUCGGGGCAUGGUUACUUAUUUUGUUUCAUAAUAAUCUGUUAGGCACCUGUAUGCCAAACAUUUAGUUCCAUACCUCUUAAAGCUUCAGAUAUUAGCAAUUACUCAAAACUACCCCU